AUGAAGACAAGGCUGUGGGAACAUCAAGGAAACUACAAUUCCCAGAAUACUCUGCGGAAGGCCGAGCCGUGCGUUUUCCAGGAUCGAGUGGGUCACGUGAGCUUUUUUUCGGUGACGCAGCCGGAUCUAAGGAAGGUUCACUCAGGUAUGAUUAUUUUAAAGAAGAUGACUGAAGCAGGAUUUGCCUUUCACAACAUUCAUCCAGUGCCAUUACAUUUGUCAGAAGAGACCACCACAACAAGCUUAUGCACAAGCAAUAUGGAAGGAAUUGAGACUGAGUUUAAAAGCUUUGUGGAAGUAUUCCUCGUCAAGGUUUACAGGUGUAAGAUUUGUGCAUUCACCAGCAGCCUAAAAAUCAAAAUGAACUCUCACAUGGAAAGCCGUCACAAACCCAAGGUGAAUCAUCAGGUUUCUAAGAUGAUGACUGAUGCAUGUCACACUGAAGAUGACACCUCAUAUAAUGCUGAGCUAGACAUGGAUUCUGAAACUAAAGCGGGUGAGGACAUUAUUGUGGACAACUUAGACAGGAUGUCUUUUCUUCUUCCUAUGUAUAGGAUGCUUCACAAUAUUAGCCCUGUGUCCUGUGAUAUGGGACUAGGGGGCCGUAGUGACCACCUGCAUGCUCCUGAUACAUGUGAGGUCAGCACGUUAUUUGAAGGGGAGUCUGCAUCUUUCCAGUUAGAUGGAGCCCAUUCUGUUGCAUCAGAGGGACGGUCAUCUCCUGGUGUGCCCAGCAUACGUGAAGAUGAUGAUGAAGCUCAGUCAGAGCAUCUUAUGUCAUUGGGUCUCUGUCGGAUUUCCAACAGCAACAAAGUUCACACUGUUAAUUCAGGAAGCCAUCACCAAAAUGUUGACAGUGAUCGCGUGAUUCGUAAGAAGCUCAGGAAGAAGAAGCGGAGUGAAAUCAGACCCUUUAGUGAUGCUGGAAGCUCUCAAGCCAAGCUGAGAAUUGAACAUUAUUCUUGCAGAUUGUGCAAGUUAGACUUGAAAUCAAAAGACAUUUAUAACCUUCACAUGACCUGUCAUGAUGGAGUCACAUCCUUUAAAUGCAUCCACUGCUGUUCCUGCACAACAGAGUGGAAAAUGAUGCAGAAACACCUCAAGAGUCACAGUGCUGAAAGGAGGAAAUACCGUUGCUCAUUUUGCAGCAAAGUAUUCACUAGGCAAAAAUCGUGGAAAUUGCAUGAAGUCAGACACAAGCAGCAACCUUGCCUUUUCUACUGCUCCAAAUGUCCAUCUUUCUAUACCUCAGAGAUCAUGAGAGAUUUGCAUUCUGCCUGCCACAUCAAGGGAGCUUUUAAGUGCACACAGUGUGAUUUUACUGAUGAAGCCUGGAGCGAGGUUUAUAAACAUCUCUGCAACCAUGAGAGCAGUGUAAAAACACACAAGUGCCUGGAGUGUGAUCUAAGCUUCCUCAGAAUAGAUGAUCUGAAUGAGCACGUGGCAAAGCACAAGGAGACAAGGUUAUUCCUCUGCCAGCUUUGCGGACAGACAUUCAAAUGCGGGCGACAGAAGAAUAAACACUAUAGACAAGUCCAUCGGAAGACUCAGGAAAAAAGGAGAGUGAAUGAAAAUAGUUUAUUGAGUAGAAGACACAAAGAAAAAGAGUCUCGAAUCCAGCAGAAGAAAGUAAGCAAAGAAUUUGCUUGCAACAUUUGUACCAGGAAAUGUUCCUCUAAGUUGGCUCUCCAGAGACACAUGGGAACACACACUGGCAUCAAACCAUUUCAUUGUCAACACUGUGAUUAUAAAACCAGACUAAAAGCAUCUUUGAUCCAGCACAUGAGAGUUCAUACAGGUGAGAAACCCUUCAAGUGUACAAUCUGCCAGUAUGCCUCGAUUGAUGCCAGUUCUCUGAGACGGCAUUCCCGUACACAUUCCACUGAAAAGCCUUAUAAAUGCCAGUUGUGUUCAUAUAGUUGUAUUCAGAAGAAGAGCCUGGAUCUUCAUGUACGCAGACAUCACACGGGCGAGAGAUUUAGGUGUCAUUUCUGUGACUACUCCUCUCCUGACAAGCAACUUCUGCAAAAACAUCUGAAGAAACACCAGAAGGGGGUGGAAGAAUCAAUAAGGAGCAUACAGACAGAACCUAUAGUCAAGUCAUUCACAAUAUAGCGUUUAGUAGCUUCUGUUGUCAUCCUGGAUACUGCCAAAUCACAAGGAUCUAUGAGAUCUUGCAACUGCAGGCUGGGGAGGUAUUUUGAAGGAGGUUAGUGAGGCAGUAGCUAUUACCUCCACUGUGGAAAAGCUGCCAGUAAUUGCUAGUCUUGCUGAUAGCUGGGAAUACCUUCCAAAAUUGCAAACAUUCUGGUAUGUCUGAGUUGGAGUGUGCCAGUGAACUGCAAGUAAAUUAACUGUGCAAAACCUUGUACGUACAGACAAUUGUAGCUUUGUGUGUUAACUGGUUAGAAUUUGCACAAUUGAAUCUGCUCAAUCCCAGCAUUAGCCCUGAUUAUUAUUCAAGAGAGUGUGAAGUGGACUAUAUAAUUUAAUAAGAACAGUACGGCAAUUUAGAGAAAUUAAGAGUACUAGGAAAUUAGUUAAUUAAUUUGGUGAAAUUAACACCAAUCUGCUACCCCAACCUCGAGUAAAUAGUUCUUUAAUUGGAAUCUCUGAAACCACAAGCAAAGCUGGAGAGAAGUGAAUAUGUUUUUAGCUGUACCUUGGGGCCAUGUUUAUUCUCAGCACAGUGUGAUGGUCCAACUGCUGGUCCAAGUUUCCAUGAUGACAUCAUCAAGAGCUCUGAAGUGUUUCCAUCAGCAUCCAGCUCAUAGCUGACUAACAAUUGUUUGCUAGCAGUACAAAAAGUAAUUGUUUUAGAUUUGGAUAAUUUCACUGUAAUCUGAAAUGCAAUGAAGUUCUUUAUUAAAGAUAAAUUAGUCCUUUCAUUUAAGUCAACUUGCAACAGUAGAGAUUGCUUUAAUAUACAGUAAAUGCACUUUUCCUGAAAUAAAAUAACAUAGAAAUUAUAUUUUAUCAA